CUUCCCUUCUGGUCGCAGUUGCUUGGGUCUUGGAAACUUUCGUGUCGGAAAUGCUGAUAGCAAGAUGUCUUCAGGAAAUGCCAAAAUUGGGCACUCUGCCCCCAACUUCAAAGCUACAGCUGUGAUGCCAGAUGGUCAGUUCAAAGAUAUUAGCCUAUCUGACUACAAAGGAAAAUAUAUUGUGUUCUUCUUUUACCCUCUCGACUUCACCUUUGUGUGCCCUACGGAGAUCAUUGCUUUUAGUGACAGGGCAGAAGAAUUUAAGAAACUCAACUGCCAAGUGAUUGGUGCUUCUGUGGAUUCUCACUUCUGUCAUCUGGCAUGGAUCAAUACACCCAAGAAACAAGGAGGACUGGGACCCAUGAACAUUCCCUUGAUAUCAGAUCCCAAGCACACUAUUGCUCAGGAUUAUGGAGUCUUAAAGGCUGAUGAAGGCAUUUCCUUCAGGGGCCUCUUUAUCAUUGAUGAUAAAGGUAUCCUUCGCCAGAUCACUGUGAAUGACCUUCCUGUUGGCCGCUCUGUGGAUGAGACUCUGAGACUAGUUCAGGCUUUUCAGUUCACUGACAAACAUGGGGAAGUGUGCCCUGCUGGCUGGAAGCCUGGCAGUGAUACCAUCAAGCCUGAUGUCCAAAAAAGCAAAGAAUAUUUCUCCAAGCAGAAGUGAUCACUGGGCCAUCUGAGUGCCAGGCUGCACUGGGUACCCAUGAGAACAAAAUCUCUUUUGUAUUUUUUUUUUUUUUUCAUGCCUAAGACAU